GUAAAAUAAAAAUUAUUAAAAAAAAACCGUCAGUUAACAAAUUUACAUAGAUCUGUAUCAAAAAGAAAAAUUGCACUCUUCCCUACAUUUCAAUAUUUUCACCAUUUUCCCUCCAUUCGCCAUCUUUGAAGGUAUUGUCGGGAACCCUAGGUUGAUCGCUUCCAAAAUGACUGAAAUUUCUAGAAAGCUUGAUGUCGAGAAACUAAUUUCAUAUAGCGAUGACCUGGUUCAGUUCUUGAAGAACGAAAGAGACAUCAAUGACUUGAAGCAUUCAGUCGAAAAAUCCGACACACUCCGCCAUCGAUGCCGUUCAGAUUAUGCCGCAGUUCAAAGCUCUCUAGAAGAUUAUCAAAAAAAGAUCGACCUAUGCAAGCAAAAAACAGAAGCUGCAAAGGCUGAAGAAAUUAAAGAUCUUGAAGAACAAAGAAGUUCCAUUGAAGACAGAAGGAAGGUUCUGAAGAAACUCAAACAAGAUGAAUUAAAAGCACAGAUGAAGCUAUCAAUGUUUGCAUGUGUAACAAGCAUCCUCCCUGACUUAAAUGAUCAGUCCAAGAUGAUAUCUGGACAUAUUGUUGAUAAAGAGAAGAAAGUAGUUGAAAAGUUUGAGUUCAAUCCCCAGGAGAAGAGUGAUUUUGAUACUUGUAAUACAAUCUGGGAGAUGAUAAAAGAUUGAAGCUUUUUCCUCCUCAUGUAAACUUAAUAUGUGAUUGUUUUAAAUCCAUGUUUUGGGUUGAAUUUGUGAAGAUUUGUAUUCUUGGGGGUUCGUUUGUAUUUAUUUGUUUGCUUCUAGUAAAUUCAAAAAUGGUUUGGUUUGGUUGUAACUAUACUAUGGUAGUGAUAAGGCUAUGGUGUUUUUUCUUUUUUACUUAAUGGAAAUAUAUUUUGUAUCAAGUAAA